AUGGCACAGAUUGAGAAGAAUGCUCAUCCUCUGGAAAAUAAUUCAAAUUUGUUGAACAUUAUAGAAGUGGAUGGAGUACCUUUGCCAGUACUAUCAAAAGAAAUAUGGAAUAAAGUCUGUAAUUUUCAAGCCCGACCUGAUGACCUUAUUCUGGCAACUUACCCAAAAGAAUAUUUCUGAUGUUUUUCAGGUACAACCUGGAUGCAAGAAAUUUUAGACAUGAUUCGAAAUGAUGGCGACGUGGCAAAAUUCAGGGGAGCUGCUUCUCUGGAAAGACACCCCUUCCUUGAAGUAAAAUACCCUCAUAAAGAGAAGCAUGAUUUGGAGAUAGCUAUUCAAAUGCCCUCACCACGAAUGCUAAAAACUCACCUUCCUUCUCAUUUAUUGCCACCAUCUAUCUGGAAACAGAACUGCAAGAUCAUCUAUGUGGCUAGAAAUGCCAAGGAUUGCCUGGUAGCUUUCUACUACUUUCAUAAAAUGACCUCAAUGCUAGCUGACACUCAGAGCUAGGAAGAAUUUUGUGAGAAUUUCAUGUCAGGAAAAUUGGUUGAUGGGUCCUGGUAUGACCAUGUGAAAAGGUGGUGGACUGCAAAGGACAAGCACCGAUCCUCUUCCACAUCAGAACACAUUACAAUCAAAUUGACAAAAAAUAAUUAA